UACAACACCCAUCAUUCACACACAUCUUCCUCCAGCAUAAUGUCCAAACUUGUCGACGACGUCAAGUCCGGCCUCAAGGGCGUCCGAGGUGCUGGUGACGCAAUCCGGGGCGAGGUACUAAAGGCCACCGACCAAACCUUUGAGAAGAACCCGGAUCAUCCGACAACAGUUGAGUCGCGCACAGAAAACGAGGCAAUUGCAGAGAAGGGCAAGAAAGACUUACGGGGAGCUGAUGAGAUGCUUGCGCGCCAUGAGUGGAAGCGCAAGGGCGUCGCUCCCCCGGCGCAUGAGGCUACGUCAUCGGUGAAUCAACCUGUGUCUGAGAAUGAGAGGCCAGCCGAGGCUCUUCAUCGGGAACCCGGGACUAUUGCGCCUGGGGAAACGUCGCAUUACGGGACUGGAAGGGUUGGGGAGUCUGCGGCUGCGGCGCCGGACGUGUCUGAGAAACACCGGUACGCUUGA